AUGUAAGCAUAUACAUAAUGUGAUGCAUAUAAUAUUAGUUUGUUUAUGCUAAAAUUGGCUUAUUGUGUCACAUUCCAGUACUUUAGGCUAGUUGGUUACGGAGACUUUGAGCUGUUCAUAGUCGGUAUUAGUUUAAUAGGAUGAGACUAAGUUUAUGGUCAUAGUUGUUUAACAAAUAGCAUUAUUCAGAGUACAUAUCACGGAAUUCAGCUCAAGAAGGAAUUGAUUCAUAAUUUUGAACACUAGGUGACUCAAUUGUGAAGGACACUUCUAUAAAUUUAGUAGGAAUCGUUUUCCAUUAGAACUCAUGAUAUCGAUUUGCAAUGGGAUCCUUAAAUACAGAGAAGAAAUGGGCAUUUCCUAUAGUGAUAACUUCACUUGUAUGUAUCCUUCUUCUUGCAACCACUUUCAGUAUGGAGCUUGUCUAUUCCCUACACACAAUCACUUCAAUCAUCACAAUUCUUCCUUCUGCUGUUGUGCCAAAUCAAACAAUCCCUGAUAUUGUUGAGGCCAAGAUUGAUCAAGCUCCACUCCCUUCUCCCGAGCCUUCUGUUCCUCGUUUCGCUUAUCUUAUUUCGGGUUCAAAAGGUGAUUUAGAAAAGCUUUGGCGAACUCUGCAAGCGCUGUAUCAUCCUUGGAAUUAUUAUGUUGUUCAUUUGGAUCUAGAAUCGCCAGCAGAGGAGAGAUUGGAGCUGUCUUGCAGGGUGGAGAAGAAUCCCAUUUUUGCAAAGGUUGGGAAUGUGUACAUGAUUACAAAGGCUAAUAUCGUUACUUAUAGAGGACCUACCAUGGUUUCUAAUACUCUUCAUGCUUGUGCUAUUCUUCUCAAGAAAACUAAGGAGUGGGAUUGGUUUAUUAACCUCAGUGCUUCAGAUUAUCCUCUGGUGACUCAAGAUGAUCUUCUUUCCACGUUUCGUGAUUUAAACCGAGAGAUAAAUUUUAUUGGGCACACAAGCCGUUUAGCUUGGAAAGAGAAUAAAAGGGCAAUGCCGUUGAUGAUAGAUCCUGGGCUUUUCCAAACAACAAAAUCAGAUUUAUUUUGGGUUACACCACAGAGAACUCUACCUACAGCCUUUAAAUUGUUUUCUGGUUCAGCAUGGAUGGUUAUCUCGCGUUCCUUUGCAGAAUACACCAUAUGGGGAUGGGAUAAUCUUCCUAGAACCCUGCUCAUGUACUAUACGAAUUUUGUCUCCUCUCCUGAAGGCUACUUUCAGACUGUCAUAUGCAAUGCUCCAGAAUUUGUUCACACUGUUGUCAACCAUGACAUGCACUACAUUGCUUGGGACGUCCCUCCUAAACAGCAUCCUCGGACACUCUCUGUCAAUGACACGAGCAGAAUGAUCAGAAGUGGUGCUCCCUUUGCGCGUAAAUUCAAGCAAAAUGAUCCUGCCCUGGGAAAAAUAGACAAGAUAUUACUUGGGCGAAAAAAGGGGAAUUUCACACCUGGUGGUUGGUGCUCUGGAGAGCCUCAUUGUUCCAAGGUUGGUGAUCCCACCAAACUUGAACCGGGUCCAGGAGCUGAAAGGCUUCGCCUCCUUAUUGAUAGAAUACUUUCACCAGCUAACCUUCGUAAACGCCAAUGUAAAUAG